GCUGUGAUGACGUUCCUUCGGAUUCGAACUCGAAGUAAUAAUUUGGCAGUGCUAUGAGAGAACUUCAUUUGGCUCACUAGACUAGGAGGAUGUUCAAUUUCCCUGCACUCAAAAGAUUUUUUGAGGGUCACAUGGGGUCAGAGGUUCCAGCGGAGGUCAGCGAUGAGUGGACAGUUAUCCAAGAGGGUCUUGAAAUGUUUGAGGAGUGUCCAGAAUGCAAGCCAUCUCCUUCCAGUUUGAAGACUAUUACCCGUGUCCAUUGGAAGAAGGGUGCUGAUUGCCAUGUCUGUAGCAAUGCGGAAUGUAAACAGAACCUGUGGGCUAUUUCAAAACAUCAUUGCAGAAGAUGUGGAAAUGUCUUUUGUGGAAAGUGCACCCAAUUCCGGCGAAAUCUGUCUCCAGAUGCUGCAUACGAUCCGAAUGGUUGGCCUCAUAAGGUAUGUGAGAAGUGCUUCUAUGACGACCCUCAGACGGUAGGAUUCAGUAAAAGCCAUAGAGAUUACUUUGAGGGAUGGCGAGCAGCCAAGCAUCUAGAAAGCAAGGUCCUCACCAGACCGACAAUUCUAUGCAAUCUGAAGAACCUUGUUGAAGGCUUUGCCUGCCAUUACAAGCCUCCUCCCCCACCCCCUCCGGACAUAACCACCAGCCCAGUGGAUCCUUCCACGGCACCCUCUUCCCAGCUCCGCAAGCCACGCCUGGCAACCUCACUCUUCAAAGGUGUAUCGGCGGUGCGACAAGGGGUGAGCGGGAUACAGAACGCUCCCAGGUGGAUGAAGCAAAGUGUGGUGGACCUUCACAAAGCACCUGGACGGGUUGCCAAGGGCGUGUCGGAGGUACCGGGGAGGGUCAAACAGGGUGUGACCGGUCUCAAGAAGGCAGAGACGUGGAAGAAGAGAGUGGUCCCAGAAUGGCAGAAACCACCUACAUGGGUGGAGGAGGGAGCUUCGUGCCAAUGCUGCGAUCGUCCCUACCCACCGUUGGAACAGCGCCACAACUGUCGGGUCUGUGGCAAGCUCGUCUGCAAAGCCCAGUCCUCCUUAGACCUGCUCCUCUACAAACCAGACCCAAUAGACCAGGUCUUAGCCGGGUCCCAUGCUCGCUGGGCCCUCAUCCGGGUAGUCGGGAGUCCUGAAGUAGAACCAGAUCACCAUCUCUACCUUAGGAUCUGUCAACCUUGUCGAGAUCACCUACAGAUCAUCCAAGUAGAGGAGUACCAUAGACUCAACAAAGGUCAAGGGUUGGUCAACCUCUGCUGGCAACAGAUGUUGGUCACCUAUCAAGAUAUCAUGGGUUUACGGUCAAAGAUUGACCAUGAGCUUCCAGAGUUCCAGGAGAUUGUUGCUCAGGCGGAGGUCGGUGCUGGAAAUCCGGAAUUUAAAGUUAAACCAGACUCGGACAACAAAGAUCAGCUAGCUAAUUAUCAGAGUGAGAUAUCUCAUCAUUUAUCCUCGUUGGUAGCAGUCAUCUGUCGUCUCAAAGAACUCCACCCUCAAACUCAAGGCCAAGUUAAAGUACUCAAGAAUAUUAUCAAGUGCCAACAAAGUUACUACAUGGAAAUGAGCACACAGUUCAAACAGCUACUAGCACAGCUCAAACAAAUCACUCCCAAAACAGUUCAUCAACAGAUCAUUGAUCUUCUGGAAACUGAGGCAUUGAAUUCUGCGUGUGCGUCAUUGAAUCAGCUUGAAAUGGAAUGUAGAUACCUGUGUGAGACGCAUCAUUUAGACAUCAAUAUACCACUUAUUAUCAAGGAAACAGCUGAGGUUGUAGAAAUUGAGAUUAAAGACAAGAUGGAAGAGACCGGAGCAGAUUGGUCGGAACAAAAAGAAGAACUUGAAGAGUUUGUUUACAUACAACUGGAGGGGUUACCAGAGGCCAACAUACUUCCUCAUCGGAUAAUCCAGCCUUCUAAACAUCUUCUUCGUCAUCUUGGUUCCUACUACCUUCACUGGCUGGUGAGUAGGAAGGCUGUGGAGGUGUUCAGGAAGAUCAGGCUACAGCUGAUGAUCAGGAAUGCUGCCAAGGCUAGUCUGCAGGCGACCAGUCAGUCGCUGGAGAGAUUGACGCAGAGUAUACAAGAGGAGGCACAUAAAGAGGAACAGAAACAUUGAAGAGAAGAGAUCAGGGAACGUUUCAUCUUCAUUUUGUUGUCGUGAAAGGAUUGGCGUAUCCUUGAAUCGACAAUGUCUGUUUUAUCCGAUCAUAAUUACAGACACCACAAAAUCCAGGAAAAGUAGUCAAAAUCUGACAACUUAUUAGAUAAUGAUAAAAAUGAUAGUUUGAUUUAUAUAGCACUUCUAGCCAGAAGAUACAACGCAGAAAUAUUAUUAGCCGAGGUUUGACUAGAGCUACCACUUUAUCACUUGGUUCAUUCAAGGAAUCAAUCCUGUGGGAUACCUACUCAACACACCUGGGUCGAGUGCAACGCGGCAGUGUGGAUCAGUUUCUUGCUGAAGGAUAACACACCAUGGCUGGAAAUCGAACUCGUGACCCUUUGUUAGAAAGACAAAGGACAGAACCACUAGACAACGUACAUGUAGUUCUCACAAAUGUUAAUGAAGAGCUCUCCAGAUUAGAUGUUCAGAGCAUCGGCUCACAGCCUGUCCUUGGUUUUGAUCGGCUGGGAUAAAUCCAUAUGUGUGUGUUACCAUGAAUAUUGUCAGAGCACUGGUGGCUUCAGAGGGGGGGGGGCACAUCUGGCCCUUGCUCCCCCCCC